AUGAGCCGUGAUGAGAAGUUCCCGAUCGUAUACUCUGUGUUAUUAAUCGCCUUCUACUGCUUCGUGGGUACUAUAUCCGCUGACGGUGACGCUGAUGCUCUUUUAAAGUUCAAGUCAUCUCUCGCUAACGCCACAGCACUCGGGGGAUGGGACUCAGGCGAACCUCCUUGCUCCGGAGAAAAAGGAAGCAACUCUAAAUGGAAAGGUGUGAUGUGUUCAAACGGCUCCGUUUUCGCUAUCCGUCUUGAGAACAUGAGCCUCUCCGGGGAGCUCGACGUACAAGCUCUCGCGUCGAUGGGCGGUCUCAAGAGCGUCAGCUUUAUGCGUAACUACUUCGAAGGGGAUAUGCCACGUGGCCUUAAUGGACUUGUCUCGCUGGUGCAUCUUUACCUUGCGCAUAACCGAUUUUCCGGUGAGAUAGACGGUGAUUUGUUCGCCGGGAUGAAGGCUUUGGUGAAGGUUCAUCUUGAAGGAAACCGGUUUUCCGGUGAGAUUCCAAAGUCGUUGGCGAAAUUGCCGAAGCUUACUGAGCUGAAUCUUGAGGACAACUUGUUCACCGGGAAGUUACCGACGUUUAAACAGAAGAAUCUCGUUACCGUUAACGUGGCUAAUAACCGAUUAGAAGGUCGAAUCCCAUUUACUCUCGGCCUCAUGAACCCUGCAUUCUUCUCAGGAAACAAGGGGCUGUGUGGAGCGCCUUUGCUUCCGUGCAGAUACACUCGUCCGCCCUUCUUCACCGUGUUUCUCCUUGCCCUCACCGUCCUCGCCGUCAUUGUCCUCAUUACUGUCUUCCUCUCCGUUUGCAUCCUCGGCCGCCGUCAAGGCAAAGGCCAAGACCAAAGCCACGGCCACGUUCACGCCCCAGUCUACGGACAAACCGAGCAACAAUACAGUGAGAAGAGCUCGCAGGACUCCAAAGUCUACAGAAAGCUAGCUAACGAAUCUGUGCAGCGAGAUUCAACAGCAACAUCAGGAGCAUUAUCAGUGGGAGCUCAGUCCCCGGAAGAAGACAAGCGAGGGGAUCAACGGAAGCUACAUUUCGUCCGGAAUGAUCAAGAGAGGUUCACGCUCCAGGAUAUGCUCCGUGCGUCGGCGGAGGUUCUCGGAAGCGGCGGAUUCGGAUCGUCUUACAAGGCGGCUUUAUCGAGUGGGCGUGCGGUGGUUGUGAAGCGGUUUAGGUUUAUGAGCAAUGUCGGCAGAGAAGAGUUUUACGAUCAUAUGAAGAAGAUUGGAAGAUUGUCUCACCCUAAUCUUCUUCCACUGGUAGCUUUCUAUUACAGAAAAGAAGAGAAGCUUCUCGUUACCAAUUACAUUUCCAAUGGAAGCCUCGCAAAUCUCCUCCAUGCUAAUCGAACACCAGGUCAAGUGGUUUUGGAUUGGCCGAUACGAUUCAAGAUUGUAAGAGGAGUUACAAGAGGUUUGGCUUAUCUCUACAGAGUGUUCUCUGAUCUAAAUCUUCCUCAUGGUCAUCUCAAGUCUUCCAAUGUGUUGCUUGACCACAACUUCGAGCCGCUCUUAACGGAUUACGCACUUGUGCCGGUGGUGAACAGAGAUCAAUCACAGCAGUUCAUGGUGGCUUACAAGGCACCAGAGUUCACUCAGCAGGACCGGACCUCGAGAAGAUCAGAUGUGUGGAGCCUGGGAAUCUUGAUUCUUGAGAUUCUGACAGGGAAGUUUCCGGCUAAUUAUCUCCGGCAAGGGAAAGGAGCUGAUGACGAGUUAGCAGCAUGGGUUGAGUCUGUAGCGAGGACGGAGUGGACUGCUGAUGUGUUUGAUAAGGAGAUGAAAGCAGGGAAAGAACACGAAGCACAAAUGUUGAAGCUGCUCAAGAUUGGGUUGAGAUGUUGUGAUUGGGACAUUGAGAAGAGAAUUGAGCUUCACGAGGCUGUUGAUCGAAUAGAAGAGGUUGGGGAGGUUGAUAGAGAAGCAGGUGGAGGUCAAGAGAGUGUUCGAUCUUCAUACGUGACUGCUAGUGAGGGGGAUCAUCGUUCUUCGAGAGCUAUGACUGGGGAGUUCUCGCUCAUGUAAUAGCUUCAUCUGAAAAGGCUUGUAUUAUCUAUCUCUCUCUGGUCUCCACACUAGUCUUCUUCUUCAUCUAAUUCUUCGUUUCCUUGAUAUUUGUUGAGCAAGUAUGUAUUUGUCUUUGUUUGUAGGUAAAUGACAAUUACCCUUUAUUUUAUUGUCAGGGUUAUUCGCACUCAA